UAUACUGUGCACCGGUUUGCCGUGAAACCUGUGAGAAAGUGCUUAGACUAUUCGAAUAUCUUCAGUUUUAGGAAAAUUACUCCAAAAGAGAUAACCCAACGAAACAGGUCCUCGCUCUUCAUCAAGAUGGAUUCAUCAUUGGAUACCUUCUGUGGGCAUUCACUCAACAAUUACACCUUCUGGAAGCACAGUAUCUACGGCCAUUGCUACGAACAAUUGGUGUUUGUUCUUACUAGUCAUGGCUUGUUAGCCCUCAUUUGUGCACUCUACAUAGAUUACAUCAAUAACAAACUAGCCAGCCCUAAUCUCAAGAGAUCAAAAUCCUUGCAUAUUCGAUUUGUCAUCACCCUCUUGUCUGCCCUGGUACCUAUAUUGAGCAUUUUACUUCAAAAAUUCACUGGAAGUGGAACUAUAAGACCAGCUCCUGUAGAUUAUCUUGUAAAUGUAACAUCCUCCGUAGCAUGGCUUCUACUAUCGUUGUACUUGUGGAAGCUGAGACGUCAGAGUAUACAGCUGGUGAGAACACACAAACCAGUGAUAGCUAUAUGGGCAUUGACAUUUAUAGCUGUAUGUAUUCGUCUAAGUACUGUCAUCAAACAACUGCUGAAUCAAGAUGACACACUUGCGUCUGGGGAGGAAGGUACCAUCAUUGCAUCGAUAGUACUCCAAGCUCUCUACCUUGGAACCUUAUUACCAGGACCAAGGCACACAUCUGUGCACCAUGAGUUUGGAGGUACCUCUUUAUAUCAGAGCAUCAAUGAGGAUAUUGGAGGAGAGGAUCGUGAACCUCUUCUUAGUACAUCUUCAAGGAAAUCAUCUGACAUCAUUAACCUCGGCAUUGCAGAGGAGACUGCUAGUCUGCUGUCCAAGGCUACUUUCUGGUGGACUCGACCUCUCAUGCGUAAGGGUGCUAAAGGGCAGCUUUCGAGGUCCACCGAUGUCUUCUAUUUACCAAAGAAACUCACAGCCAGCCAUGUUGAAUCAUACUUUUCUACUAAGUAUCCCCAAGGAUCAGCGGCUUUUGCGGAAGAUGUAUUCACCACCAACAAGUCCAACCAUAAUGCACAGUCUCAUGAAGAUGCAGAGAGAAAGGGAUACGGCAGCACACAAGCAAGAUCAGUGAAGCAAGAGGAAAACAUUGUUCCAGAAUUUACCAUUGAAGAUGGAUGCAAGAAUGAGCCAGAGGUGACUCUCUGCAGAGCGUUGUUCAAAGCUUAUGGUGUCAAGUUCUUCCUGCUGGGUAUCGUAAAAUUCUUAGCAAACUGCCUUACAUUUGGAGGGCCAUUGUUGUUAAAUGCCUUGGUGUCUUUCAUGGAGAAUAGGAACGAACCCAUGAGAUAUGGUUACUACUAUGCUCUUGGUCUGUUUCUGGUCACUUUCUCCGCUGCCAUGCUCGGCACUCAUUUUAACUAUCAGAUAUCCAAAAUACAAAUCCAGGUUCGAGCAGCAUUGAUUACAACUGUAUAUAGGAAGUCAUUAUCUGUAAGCGCGACGACGCUGUCAGCAUUUACAACUGGUCAAAUUGUGAACUUUAUGAGUGUGGAUACAGGGAGGAUAGUCAACUUCUGUAACAGCUUUCAUGCAUUCUGGAGUCUUCCAUUUGAAGUGGCUGUUGCCCUCUAUUUACUUUACCAACAGGUGGGUGUGUCUUUCCUAGCUGGUCUCGCCUUUGCUAUUCUUCUCAUGCCCUUAACUAAGUGCCUUAUGGAGAGAAUCCAGAAGCUCAACACAGAUAUGAUGAAACAGAAAGAUGGCAGAGUUAAGAUAAUGAAUGAAGUGUUGAAUGGGAUACGUGUGAUCAAGUUCUAUGCAUGGGAGCGUCACUUUAAGAAACAGAUUGAUGAUUUGCGUCAAGAUGAGCUAAGCAGUCUGAAGGGUAUCAAGUACUUGGAUGCUAUGUGUGUCUACUUCUGGGCUACUACACCGGUUCUUAUCUCUCUCCUCACAUUCACAACGUAUGCAUUGAUUGGCAAUGAUCUCACUGCUGCAAAGGUGUUCACAAGUCUUGCACUGUUUUCCAUUCUGAUUGGCCCUCUCAAUGCUUUCCCUUGGGUAUUGAAUGGAGUCAUAGAAUCAUGGGUAUCCAUCAAGAGAGUCCAAGAAUUCAUGGAUCUAGAGGAGUCAGACCUAGCCACUUAUUAUCAAUCAGAAAACUGCCUCUCAGAAGGAGAGCAGCUAAACAUCAAUCAAGGCUCAUUUUAUUGGGAACAUCCCAAGAAAAAGGAAGAAAAGAAAGAAGAUGAAGAGGAAGGUGAUGGAAAGAAGGAUGAGGGGAAGAGCAUGACCCGAAAAGAUGACGAUACAAGACAACUUGUUCCAGAUGAAGAUGCAAUUGAUGAUGAUGAUGAUAAGCAUUAUGAACCAUUGAAGCUUCAAGACAUUAAUUUAAAUGUCUUCAAGGGUCAGUUGGUCGGAGUGAUUGGUAAAGUAGGAUCAGGAAAGAGUUCUCUCUUCUCGGCCAUCUUAGCUGACAUGGUCAAGGAGAAUGGAAGCAUAAGUAUAGCUGGAUUCGGUCAAGGAUUUGGACUAGCCACUCAAGAGCCAUGGUUACAACACGCUACGGUCAAAGAGAAUAUCCUGUUUGGAAAGGCCUACAAUGCUGACAGAUAUAUGAGUGUGGUUGAAGCAUGUGCUCUCAUUGAAGACCUCAGGAUACUGCCUGCUGGAGAUGAAACAGAGGUUGGUGAGAAUGGAAUCACUCUUAGUGGUGGACAGAAAGCAAGGGUUGCUCUGGCCAGAGCAGUCUAUCAGGACAGUGACAUCUAUCUCCUUGAUGAUCCCUUGGCUGCUGUUGAUGCUGACGUAGGACAACACAUCUUCUCCAAGUGCAUCAUGGGAUUACUUCGAAACAAGACGCGUGUCGUAUGCACCCACCACACCCGUUACUUGGUGGAGGCUGAUGUGGUAGUGGUCAUGGAUGAUUUCAAGAUUGUGGAUAUAGGUCCUCCCAGUGUUGUCUUCAAGCAAUCUCAGUUUGCUACCCACAUCAAUUACAACAAACCUGAGAGCGAUGGCGAUGACAAGGUCGUUGAGACGGAGGUCAAAGGUCAGGAUGUCGACACCAAGAAAUUGGUAGAAGAGGAGGAGAAAGAAGAAGGCAGUGUCAAAUUUGGAGUCUAUAAAUCAUACUGGAACGCUGUUGGAACUCUACUAGCUGUGUGUGUAUUCCUGUCCUUCGUUCUCAUGCAAGGGUCAAAGAAUGUGAGUGACUGGUGGUUAUCAUAUUGGGUCGGUCACACAAGAGGAACCCCACCCAGCAACCAUACCACCCAUCCACCACCUGUUACACACCAAUCAUCUUUGAUUGAACCAAUCUACCUAUCACUUGGUCUGGAAACACAUCACUACCAGUCUUUGAGUGAGUAUCAUUCAGACACGGACAACUCAUCUUCCUUAGAGUUCUACUUGGGGAUCUAUGGAGGCUUGAUAGGUGCCAACUCUAUCUUCACACUCCUGAGAGCAUUCUUAUUUGCCUAUGGAGGUAUACAGGCUGCUACGAUGAUUCAUGAUGGGCUACUGAAGAGUAUUCUUAGGGCUCCAAUUUCAUUCUUUGAGAAAACUCCAGUUGGUCGAAUCAUCAACCGUUUCUCCUCUGAUGUGUUCACCAUUGACUUUGGUCUGCCCUUCGUACUCAACAUCCUACUAUCCCAAGCAUUCAGUUUCCUGGGAACGGUUGUAAUCACAUGCUAUGGUCUGCCUUGGUUCACCCUGUGCCUCAUACCGAUUGGUAUCAUGUAUUAUUACAUUCAGAACUAUUAUCGUAAGACAUCCAGGGAGUUACGUCGUAUCUACAGCAUAUCAAAUUCAGCAAUCUACAGCCACUUCUCAGAGACACUAGCAGGGUUGUCUGUCAUCAAGGGCAUGAGGGCUACAAGAAGAUUCCGACUUGAAAAUCGGUCCAAGUUGGAGCUGAAUCAGCGUGCCUGGUUUAGUAGUAACACAGUCACCUACUGGUUAGCCUUCCGAUUGCAGAUGAUUGGUGUUGGCAUGAUUACAGCCGUAGCUGUUAUAGCGGUACUGGAGCAUCAUUUCCAGACUGUAGAUCCAGGCCUUGUAGGGCUAGCUAUAUCGUACGCCUUGUCGAUCACAAACCUGCUUAUCAGUGCCAUCAACACAUUGACAGAGACAGAGAAGAACAUGAUAAGUGCAGAGCGAACGCAUCACUAUACGGUGGCCAUACCAGCUGAGGUGCAAGGUGGACUUAUUCAGGUACCUGCUCUAUGGCCUCACAGUGGUGUAGUCAAGUUUGACAAUGUUCACUUCUCCUACCGAGAGGAUCACCCCAAGGCUCUGGAUGGAGUCAGCUUCGAGACCAAACCUGGAGAGAAGAUUGGUAUCGUUGGAAGGACUGGGUCUGGGAAGUCCACUCUGUUCCUGGUCCUUUUCAGGAUGGUCCAGAUCCAGCAAGGCACUGUGUCCAUUGAUGGAGUAAACCUGGCCGAUAUGUCUCUAGAAGAUGUCAGGUCUAGACUAGCUAUCAUACCCCAGGACCCAUUCAUAUUCAGUGGUACGGUCAGAGAGAACAUAGACCCGGUCGGUCAGCGUAGUGAUUCAGAGCUAUGGUGCGUCUUGGAGAAGUGCCACGUCAAAGACGUCAUCGUCCGGAUGGGAGGUCUAGAUGCAAUGGCUGGUGAGGGAGGGAAACAGUUCUCUACCGGUCAAAAACAACUGGUUUGUCUGGCUAGAGCCAUGCUGACCAAGGCGAAGGUUUUGUGCAUUGAUGAAGCAACUGCCAGUGUUGACAUGGAAACGGAUGACCUACUCCAGCAGGCCAUCAAAGAGGAGUUCAGAGAUAACACCGUCCUGACGAUAGCCCAUCGGGUGAACACCCUCAAGGAUAGUGAUCGGAUCUUAGUCAUGAAUGAUGGCAAGGUGGAACAAUUUGGAAAGGCGUCGGUAUCCACAGUAGAUGCAUAAUGUUUUGUGACAAAGCAUGUUAUUAUUAUCAUUGGCUGUAACAAGUUUAGCACUACUUAAAGUUUAGAUUUUAGACACUUUUGAAUCAAGUGGUUAUGAGUUAGUUUAUUCCAGACGUCUGUCGAUCAUUGAUGAUUAUUUAUUUCUUCAAUAACGGUUUUUCCAUCUCCUUCAGACAGACCAGUCCUAAAUUGAGAUUUGUAACAUGGACCAUGGUACAGGAGACAGGUACAUGCAUUAUACAACGUCUAAACAUACAGAAAGAUCUCUUUCAAUAAAAGAUCAAGAAAUAUAAACUUUGUAUGGAUACUGAACAGUAAAUCAUAUCUGAAAAAUCAAUAGUGAUGUACAGGGAAACAAAUAUGUUCUAUGAACCAAGAUUUAUGAUCUAAUAUUAUAGAGAAUACAGAUAGUACUUUUCUUUUUGUACUUCUCCCCUAGAACAAUUCACCUUCCUCAGUAGGAAGAGCACUUUCAGUUUAUCCUACAAGUUAAGCAUACAGUGCUUUCCAGAAAAAACGAAACCGAGAAUUAUCAAUGUUUUAUCAUAACUUACUCACAAUUAUAAUGAAUAAAUGACACAUAUUUGUAAAGCUUAGAUCCUCCUCUUUCAUUUUAUGAAACUCAUAUGAUGCAUAUUUCUUGGUUUUAUCUGGGGCGCACUGUAUAUUCACAUAUUCUGUUAGACAUUGGGGAUUUUAUGUUAAAUAUGCAUCUGUUUUCUCUUGACAAUCUUUUUUUAUAGUUUUGUUUGUUCAUUUUAUUCUUGUUUCCGUUUUUAGUUUAAGUUUUUGCUAGUAGUUAUUUUAAUAUAUAUCUAUGCAGGGUCUGUAACUAUGUUCUAUUUUGUAGAAGAUCUAUGUACUCAAAGGGUACUUGUAAAAUUAUAAUAUUAGGUAGUCAUUGUAUCUUUAAAAAGAUAGUAUAUAUAUUUUACCCCUUCUAACAUUCCUAUAUUUAGAAAUGAGCUUGUUGUGUAUUUUUAAAAAUAGAAUUUGUGAAUCCUAAUGGAAAGAUAAAAUAAAUGCAGAUUGUUCAGGUCUUAGAAGGUCACAGAAAAAUUCAUUAAUGUUUCAUCUUUGGAACCAAACUUAAAAUACAUGUACAUAAAAUGAUCAUAUUUUUGUAUUUAGAAAGAUAUCUUUCAAGAACUUGAAAUAGAGGAAGAAACAAUCUCUACUUUACAUGAAAUUUUGAUCGCAAUAAAAAUCAAUAGAUAUUGUUGUAUUGGGAUUCAAAUACUAACAGUUUUACUUAUAUGAUGAAUUUUGAUAACUUUACUUUAUGUUUAUUGCAUUCUUUGUUUAAUUGGUGUGUGUGAACUACUUUCUUCAAUCGGCCAGAAAUGGGAAUCUACUUUUAAAGAAACAUUGUUAUGAGUGUGUGAAACUCUUUAAAUUAUGGGAGAACUGUAAGCAAUACUAAGUUGAUGCCGAAGAGACAUGUUGUUGUUUUUGGAAAUACAAUAUUUGUCCUUUAUUUUCUGUACUUAAAAAUACACAAUAUAAUGAGCCAUAGUGUUAAUUUCUCAGGGUUCAAAAUAACAUCGUUAAUAUAUAGAUGCUGAAUUGAAUUGAUGAUAUCAAGAUGAAAUGAAUUUAUAAUGUUAAACUUUUAUUUCACUUACUUUUUUCUUCAUCCAAAUGGAUGUUACUACAAAGGUAUUUUAUAGAAGUUUGCUUUGUGUGUGCUAAAUUUUUAUCUAAGAUAUAAAUGUGCCUUUUAUGAAUUGCAUCUUGUAGUUAUCUUGUUUGCAUACGGUAAACAAAAUAUGAAUACCGGUAUACAUAUAUGUUUCAAAAUAUUGAUGAUUAUAGCGCACAAAUAUAAAUUACAGGUUGGUUACCAUUAAAUUUAUAUAUCAUCAGUAGAGUGCCAGAAAUGUUACAGUAAAAGUAGCUGAUAAUAUGUUGUAUUAUCAGAAUCCUGUUUCAGCACUAAAACUGCCAGCCAGGUACACAAUUUUAUUGUAUUUGAUGACAUUUUUCAAAAGGAUUGAGCCAUAUUUUAUUGAAAUGUAUUUUUUCUAAUUUGUGUGUGCCUUUAAGAUAAAGCAUUGCAUGGUUGCCCCCAAAUGGGAUAUUGCUGGAACAUGAUAUGCAGGUAAAAAUAAAGCUAAAUAUUAUUGUAAUGGUUUUGGCUGGUUGGUGUCAAUUUCGACUCUUAGGUGCCAUUAAAAUGAUGUGAAUAGGACUAUAUUUUGUAUAGGAUUUUGAGUGUGGUAAUUAAGCAGUCAUUACAGGGUAGGUACAUGAAGUAGACUAACUUACGUAGCCGGGGGCAGUCUUCCAAAGGGUCCACUGAUUUAGCUGUGCAAGCAUCCAUUACCUCCUAUUUUCACUGUUAUAUAUAUACCGGUAUACAGUGUAUAUAUAUUUUGUUUGUUUUAUUUUACUUCUCAUCACAGAUUUGUAUAAUUUGUUAUAUUAGAGAGCAUUUGAGUAGAUUCUCCAAUGUGCUGGAUUUGAAGAUGGUUGGAGAUUUGAUAGAAACCACGCUUUCCUCUAUAUUUUUGUUUUGAGUAUCAUCAAUAACUGAAUUUUGAAGAAAAAUAGUGCAAUGAAAAUAAAAUUUCUUCAAAAUCAA